AUGCGCAUAAUUCAUCCACCGGGCUGGUCGAUAUCGGACUGGCCCUCAUACAAGGACCGACGACUCUACCUGAAUGAUGCCGCCAAAGUCUAUGCCUGGCCUAGCACUGGUGGCAGACUUGAAUUGCCAAACCCUAGUGCACUUGAGCUUGACAUCCUCGGAAUUGAGGAUCACUUCAACGAGAGCAACAAAUCCAACGACACCGCCGAAGAAGAUGCAUUUGCCCUCAGGCUUCGGAGGCUCGGUGGGACAUUCUACGAGUACCAAUACGGCUCAAGACGUGAGGAGCUUCGCGAUGCCGAAAUUCAUAGCUGGCUAGGUUGGCCGGAGGACGAAGAGCACAAAGGUGGUGUGUGGGUGCUGAAGCUGACGUGGCGCGAACUGAGAAGCCCUUUCCGGCCUCGUUUCACGGGGAGGAUCAGGCUGGCGAGGACAAUGCAAGACCGGUGCCGAGCUAUUGAGAUGUGUGGCGGAACGUUCUAUGCAAAUCCCACUGACGAGCACCUGGUUCCCAUGGAACCAAUGUCCAGCCUGCAAGAACUGCUUCUCACCCAAGCCCUCUCACCUCCAGAAGCACCACCGCCGCCACCACCAGGUUUUCGACAGGGCUGGAUGGACGACUACGGAUGA